GUUUUAGAUCGAUAAUGAGAAGAAAGAAUAUUAUUCUGAAUAAACGUUUAAAUUUGUAUAGAUUGUCAAACUGUUGCAUUUCAAGCGUUAUUGAUCGGUUACCAUUCGGAUCUAUAUUCAAUAGUAACCGAUGUUAUCUUCCCCAGUACUCAACUUCAUCUUCCCAAAAUGUUAUAAACAAUUCUGUUGAACAGACAAAUGAUCAAUCUCCAUAUCCGAAACAUCUGUCUUGGACAGAUCCACAUGAAUUGGCACACUAUCUUAGUCAGCGUAUUGUAGCUUUAACUAAACAUUUUGUUGUGAUUGAUAAACCACCUAAACUUUCUGUUUGGGGUCAUUCACUAGCUAAUCGUGAAGCAAUUUCAAUGAUUAAUUCUAAAUUAUGCAGUACAUCUGAUAUUAGUAUAAAUGAUUGUUUACCACAAUUAAACACUAUAAUAACAUCGUUGGAACGAGAACAACAGCAUAUUUUCGAUGAUAAUUCGUUGAGUUCACGUGAACCUGUUGAAAUUCCCAAAUUGUACAUUAUUGAAUCUUUGCCAGCUACUUAUUCUGGUCUCAUUUUAUUAGGUAGAAAUGAAAAAUAUACUACUGCUGCUCGUAAAUUUUAUAAAUCUGCAAUGUUUGGAGGUACGCCUUGGGAAUUAUAUCAGAAACUUUUAAUUGUUUGUUGGGGUAAGCCACAACUGUUGCAUUCAACACCAGUAUCAUUUCCGAUUGCUUCUUACGCACUGAAUGAUCAUCUGCAUGUCGGUUAUAGACCAUCUCCAAAUGAAACUUCUAGAGCUUUAAAAUUAAAAGGUGUCAUUCUAGAAAAAUCUGUUCACCAUACAGUUCUUUCUGAAGGUUCUAAUAAAUCGAGUCUUGUCAAACUUGAAACAAACAGUCUUUAUCGUGGCUUACCCGAAGUUUACUUGUUAUACGAAGGCUGUUCUGUUGUUGGAGAAACAUUUCAAGCUUCACGUCUUAUCGAUACUGGAAUAUCACCUAUUAUUUUACCACCUGAUAAAAUUCGUUUAAACUAUACCCUACCUACCAAACAACGUCAAAUUCUUAAUCAAAUCAAUAAUAAUAAUAAUAAUAAUAAUAAUAAUAAUAAUAAUUUAGAUGAUAUACCAGUUCAUAUUCAUCGUUCCCAAUUAUAUUUACCUAUUCCAUUCUAUUUGAAUUCAUCCAAUUUGUGUAUCAAAUCAUAUGUUAAAAAACCUUCACAUUUGUUUAAAUCGAAACGUGGAAAUUUUUCAUUAGUACAAUCUUGUAAUACAUCAUCAAAGCCUAGUUCAUUGUCAUUAUCUUGUGUUAAAUGGAAGGCGAAUAAUGCUAAAACAACAACAACUACAACAACAACAACAACCACAACAAGUGACAAUAAUAAUACCAAUCCUAAUAAUUGUCCAGUCAAUUAUUACUUUUUAACAUGUAAUUCAUUUGAAUUACCGAAUUAUUUUUCGAAUACUUUAACUAGUCUCGGAAUACAAUUUGAUUAUACUGAUUGGAUAAAACAAAACAUUGUAAAUAAUCAUAGUGAUGACCAAAUUACAAAUAAAAUUACAUAAAGCAAUUACUUUUCAUAAUAUUUCUUUUUAUUAUUGAUACUUUUUUUUUGGCUGAUAUUGUGUAGUGAACUAUUAUCAUUGCUUAUUUACUUACUUACUUACGCCUGUUACCCCCAAUGGAGCAUAGGCCGCCCACCAGUUUUCUUCAGCCAACUCUGUCCUGGACAUCCCUUUCUAGUUCUUUCCAGUUAUUAUCAUACUGUAGGAAAAAAACGUUCUUGUAAUAUUUAUGCGGAAUUAUAAAAGAUGAUCGAUAGUAUUUUUAGUUAAAUCUAUGUAAUCUCAACUGAAAUGUGAUAAAUUCCAAUCCUAAUCAGCCUGAAAAGACACUUCGUGUUAAUUAUGAGCAUUCAACAAACAAGCAGUUUGGUUCAAAACCAAAUCAAUAAUUUCAUAUUAAAACAGUCUUAUUCAAUAUUCCUAUUGAUCCUACCAUCAUUUCUCUUGUGUUGAUUUUAUACUUAGUUUAAAAAUUAUGUAUAUUAACAUAGAGCCUUGAUCAUAAGUUUAAAUAAGAGGGAGAGUUCACAUUUUAUCCGACUCAAUGUAACAUUUUGUGACCUCAUAUUUUGCAGUAUAACGUUAUUUCAUAUUAAAAUGUUUGAACCUCGUAAGUAUGAAUUUCGUUCAGUA